AUUAAUGUGGACCCGUAUAAAAUCCAAGAGUUCGCCUGACCAAAAAAAAAAAAAAAAAAUCCAAGAGUUCGCACUUCACAGAGUAAAUUUUGUAAGUACAUCUGACUUUGAUUAUACCUACGCGAUCUAAACUAAACUAGAAAGAGUUAGAAUUUGCUUUCUCUUUCUCGAUCCCUCUCUCUCAAAAUCGCUGUUCCUCUCUCACCCACCGCCACCGGCCGCCGCUCUCAAUCCCUCUCUCACUGCUCUCAAUCUCUCUCCCUCACCUCGCCGUAACGCCGUUCAAUCUUCCGCCGCAGCCGCACCACUGCUCAGCUCACCGCGCCGCACCACACCGCACCGCACUCACUCUUUCUCUUCGUCUCGUUUCAGAGUAAUGAUGACGGCAGGUAGCAAAGGCGAUGCUGAAAACAACGGCGCUUCGUACCAGUCACCGACGGUGGAAAAGCUAACACCGAUCUCUUCCUCAUCCACAACUCCAGACAAUUCAAUUGACGCGCCGUCUCUGCCCACUCUUCCGUUCGAUCUGGUUACAGAAAUCCUAUGUUGGAUCCCUGUGAAAUUCCUCCUCCAACUCUGUUGCGUCUGCAAGUCAUGGAAUUAUCUCAUCUCCCAAGAUUCCAAAUUUCAAAAGAAGCACUUUCGAUUGUCAACCACACUUCACGACCGCCUCCACCUCAUCCUAACUCCUGUGCCCUACUACUUUCGUAAGUUCAUUCUAACUGAUUUUUUAAUGUCUUCUCUUUUCAACAACAACCUCUCCACUAUUACUUCUAGGCAGAUAAAGUACAGUGUCCUUUCUACUAGAAAACUUAGUUUUGGGGGAGUUUCCUCCUGUCACGGCAUGUUCUGUUUUGGGAUCGAUGAAUUGUCAGCUCUUUUUUUUAACCCUUCCAUUAGAAAGUUUAAGUUAUUGCCUCCUUUGGAAAACCCACCACAAAAUCACUAUGUACAAACCAAUUAUACCUUAAUGUAUCAUCGUUUCACCAAUAAUUAUAAGAUUGUCGCUGUUUCUGUGGCUUCUUUUGCUAAGAGUAGACAACUUAAUGUUCACAGUCAUAUACUUGGUACUAACUAUUGGACAAGGAUCCAAAGUGUCCCGUUUUAUUGCCGUGUACGAGUGGGAAUAUCUGUCAAUGACGACACCAUUGAUUGGUUGGUAUAUGAUGUUGAUAAUUGUUUAUGGCUCAUUCUUUCGCUUGAUUUAGAAAAGGAUUCCUAUCGAAAGCUUUUGCAUCCUCUUUCUAACGACAAGUACGAAUCUAACAUGGUCUUCCAAGAGUUGAAGGGUUGCUUGUGCAUCGUCUCCCAACGUCCCAGCCAUUCUGAUGUUUGGAUUAUGAAGGAAUAUGGAAAUGAGCAGUCUUGGACUAAAUUGUUUAGUGUUCCUAACAUGACAUAUCUUGAGUUUUAUGCAUAUGGCAGGAUACUAUAUGUUUUGGAAGAUGACCAAGUGCUGAUGCAGUUUUUGACAAGGAAAAAAUCUAGUUUGGUUAUCUAUGAUUUUAGAAAUGAUACUUUUAACAUUCCUAAAAUUCAAAACAUCAAUGAUGAUAUGGUGAUACCAAACAUCUACGUUGAGAGUUUGAUAUCUCCUUUUUCUCAAUACUAGGAUGUAGAUGUUGUGCUAAGUGACCUUGAGCUAGAGACUCAACUACAACAUAUAUGUUAAUUUAUGAUCUUGUUAUUUAUAUGUAUUUUAUCCUUAUUUUGGAUACCGGUGAUUUCAUGGUUUAUUAUUGAUGUAUGGUGAACUUGAUAAAUUGUUGUUAUUUUUAUUCAUUUGUUAAUCAUAGUUGUUGCUUCUA